GUAUACGUUAAAUUUAUUUUAUAUAUGAUAUUCACUAUUUUUUAUUUAUGAAGUAUUGAUAUUAAGUCUUAAAAUUAACAAAGUUUAACUUAAAAUUGGACUUUGUGUUUUUAAAUUAAUUUGAACUUUUUAUUAUCAAAUUAAAUUCUUACUUAUAUUUUCCAUGAACAGUUUUCAUAUUUUUGACCUAACAUAAUAUAACUAAGUUUCUUAUUUACUUUCAUCUUAAAAAAAUACCAUUUUCGUAUAUCAAUUUGAUAAUUAAUCUCUUUUUUAACCUUCAUUUCGAAAGGGUUUUGGGGACCGAGUCGCCCUCGUCCGUGGGUGUAAACCCCGUAUUUUUUUUCCCUGUUACCCCACACGUGGUCCCUGGGUGGUGCAAAUCAGGCGACAACCCACUGGUGGUAGGCAAUAGCCGAGGCUAGUGACCACCCACCGGACUAAGUCGCGCCGCCAAGCAGCCAAGCUGUGUUCCGGUGCGUAGUCCGGUGACGCCGUUUGGGAAGAUCGGGUCAGAAUGGUCGCUCCAGUACUGCAGUGCCGAUUUUUAGGUGUACGCAUCAUUGUUGCAUCGGGUAACUAGUCUCGGAGGGUAGCGGGAUCCGAGGCGCGGUGCACCGCUGGCCGACCGCAGUUAGUAGGGGGCCCAAGUAAUGGGUUAGCCACUCAUGAUAGGCUGCCCCGCCAACUCAAAAAUCCCGGGAUGCGCCAUCGUGCCGGUUGGCGACCGGACGAAAGGGCCCGAUGGACACUCCCGGGGGGGCUCGGGCGUCCCCGCAGUCUCCGAACUAGUUCCCCAUAAGAUGCACAGUGUAUGUGAGUGUCUACUGGUAGCGGUACUGACGCCAAAUCCUACAUUCUACUUCCGUUUUCCCACCGAACAAAUGCUCACGAUAUGAAAAAAGGAAAUAGAAAAAAGGUCCAACAGCGGCAGCACGCCCUUUAUUUUAAUGCACACCAUCAAGAGUGGCUAUUCUCAUACCGGGUCACUGACCAUGCCGGAAGAGAGACGCGAAAGCUCGCUUUAGCUUUAAAUCUCACCCAGCUAGUCCGAGGAGCUACACGGGUACCUGACACUGACUCUCAAACACCUAAUUGCUUGGACCUUUUCCUGACAACAGAUCCAGACCGAUACUCAGUGUCGGUCUCUUCGCCCCUAGGUAAGUCCGACCACUGUCUGGUGAAAUCUGUGUCUGUCUACUCUUCGCCCGAUCCCAGAUCGAAUGAUCUGAUUGGGAUGGAAUGCGGUCGUUUUUUGCGUCCUAUCCUUGGCAACCUGUAUGCUUCACCUCUGGCGACCCUUCAAUUUGCGCGGAUGCCGUGACUGAUGUACUCACACUGGGUAUGGAGUACUUUAUCCCAUACUCGGAUUUACCUUUGUCCGGCAAAGCUCGCCCCUGGUUUGGACCUCAGUGUGCUCGUGCGGAAGCGCAAAAACAUGAGGCUUAUCUGGCCUGGGCCGAUGCUCGACACCGCAAAGCAAAUGAUUUACGCCAAAAAAAAACAAGCGCAUAACAGGUCUGCCAAGGCCUGCAAGAAGGUGUUACAGAUGGCUCGCUUUGACCAUAUUAGCUGGAUUGGGAACAAACUUGCAUCGUAUCCGACAGGUAAUAAAGCGUUUUGGUCCCUGGCAAAAUCGGUCGAGGCGAACUUCUGCCGUCCCUCACUGCCUCCACUGCAGAAGCCUAAUGGGACUCUGGCUCACACUGCUGAAGAGAAAGCAAAUCUUUUUGUCUCUCAAUUCGCGGAAGCCUCGAGUCUUGAUGCUGGUAGCGCGGUACCUCCCUCAUCAUUUGGCUGCUCGACAGCGAUGUCGAACAUUCGCAUUCGCCAAGCGGAGGUGCGUAAAGUCCUACGCAAUCUUGACGAGAACAAAGCCAGUGGCCCUGAUGGUAUUCCUGCAAUAGUUCUGAAGACCUGUGCACCUGAAUUGUCUCCUGUUCUGACACGCCUCUUCCGGCUCUCCUUGGAAACUGGACAAGUGCCUAAAUCCUGGAAGCUUGCUAACGUGCAACCGGUGCCCAAAACAGGUAGUCAUGCCGACCCUGCGAACUACAGACCAAUAUCUGUCACUUCAUUACUCUGUAAGAGCAUGGAAUGUGUUCUGAACCACAAGAUCCUAGCGUACCUAGAAGCGAAUGACCUCCUCAGUGAUCGACAAUUCGGAUUUCGCCGAAAUCGGUCCACUGGGGAUCUUUUAGUGUACACUACUCACAUUUGGAGUGAAGCCAUUGAGAAGGACGGAGAAGCGCUGGCCGUGUCUCUCGAUAUAUCGAAGGCUUUCGACAUGGUUUGGCAUGAUGGCCUUAUAAGCAAACUUCCUUCGUACGGCUUGCAGUGCAGUGGCACUAUGCGCCUGGAUAUCUGACUUCCUGCGUGAUCGGUCUAUAAGAGUAGUUAUAGAUGGCUGCCAAUCACAUCGAAAGGCUGUUAAUGCCGGAGUUCCGCAGGGGUCGGUACUCUCUGCAACUCUUUUUUGGCUCCAGAUCAACGAUCUGUUUAAACCCGGUACCUUUGGGUAUGCAGACGAUAGCACAGUCGUAGAGAGCUAUAUAUCAAAUGCGCGUGCCAGUGCGGCCGAAGUUCAAUCACUCCGAGAUUGCCAUGGUCAGCCGCUUAAACUUGUCCCUUCAGGCAGUCUCCGAUUGGGGCGAUGCCAAUCUGGUCAAGUUUAAUGCUUCUAAGACUCAGGCGUGUCUGUUCUCCGCUAAAACGAGGGCGUUUCAACUGGCCCCUUCUUUCCGAGGUGUAACCGUGCCGGUAACCGAACAGCUCGAGCUUCUAGGAAUAAGUCUCACCUGAACUCUCAACUUCGGUACCUACAUUGAGUCCAGAGCUCAACUGGCUGCAAAAAAGCUUGGCGUCCUCGCAAGGGUGCGGAAGUUCUUUACUCCGGAACAGCUGCUCACCUUGUACCAAGCGCAAGUUCGCUCGUGCAUGGAGUACUGUUCGCACCUUUGGGACGGUUCUGCAAAAUAUCAGCUAGAGUCUCUGGAGUGCAUUGAGAGGCGUGCAAAGAAGCUCAUCGGUAACGACAAAUUAUUCGAGACUAGACUCCAAAGUCUUGAACACAGGCGACAAGUUGCCUCUUUAUCGGUUUUUUACCGGUUACAUUUCGGAGAGUGUACUUCGGAGUUACAUAACUUAAUUCCACCUUCACCUUUUUACCAUAGAACCACCAGAGAGACGGCAAAACGCCACAGAUAUACCGUAGAGGUCCCGCAAACUCGUACUUAACGGUUUGCUUCCACCUAUAUAGUCAGAACAGCUAGGUUGUGGAACUCUUUGCCGGAAUCUCUGUUUCCAGUCACCUAUAAUCUGGGGCUCUUCAAGUCGCGAGUGAAUCGGUUUCUUCUAGGCAAGCGCGUCCCACCUUAGGCUGCUACGUCGCUCUUCAUCAGUCGCGUGGCCGUCAAGCAUAAGCCUAUUUAUUGUAAAAAAAAAACAAUUUUUUUAACUGCAGUCAUAAGUAUACCUACAUUUAAAUUUUCAUACAUAUUAAGUUUAGUGAUUAGUAACUGAACUGCACUAAGACUAAAUGAAUGAAACAAUCUCUUAGUGGAUGGAUUUCCAUAAUUCCCUUUUUAUCGCUCAGUUGCGUCAUUUCGGCGUCAUAAUUUUCAAAGGAAUCAUCCUGAUUUCAAAAUUUCUAGUUUUCAUUAAAUUUUUGCUAUUUUCCUAGCCGGUAGGUAGAAGGUAUACUUAUAAUUUAUAUUUCAGUAUGAAAUUAUAGAAUCGUGAUAUAUUUACAGCUGUCGCAUGUGGCAGAUUGGGGACCCAGCCGAAUGGUUUGCUCAAUAUGUGUGGGACAUCUUCGUGAUGCAUGCACCUUCCGAAACAUGGUGCUCUGUGCUUCAAAGUACUUCACUGAGUACUGGGACAGUAAAGCAAAAUCAAUUCCAAUAGAAAAAGCACAUGCUGAAAAUUUGCAUUCAGUUACGGAAGAUAUGUUGAUUCAAAGCGAUGGUGAAGAUAACAAAGAUGCUGUAUUUGAUUUGUCACACACUCAUAUUGAAAUUAAAAGUGAGAAAAAAACUAAGACAAAGAGGAAAAAAAUUAAGUCGACCAAAACUAAACGAAAGAAAAAGAAGAUAGAGGUAGAUAAUGAGUACGAUUCUGAUGUUCCGAUUUCAAUAUUGUUGAAGAAAAAAUUAGGUUCUUGUGAGCAAGUUGUUGAAACAAAUGAAAUUAAAGAGAUUCGAAAUGAUGUUGUGGAUCUUAAAGGUAUACUCAUAAAAACUGCAAUAAUUCAUGAUGUUAAACGUGUUUCGGAACGGAAACGUGGCAUGCUGACUUGUCAUACGGUUCUUAGAGAAACGACUGCUUGCCCCUUUAGACAUCACAAGAGCUGGUUUCAAUGCUUCUUCUGUUCGCAAGACUUCGUGGAGAUGAAUCAACUUAGAGACCACACACUAAGAGCGCAUUCGGACGUUGAUUCUGAACUAAAGAAACUGAAACGUUAUCCGCGUUCACUGCAAAUAGAAAUUUCUAAUUUGGAAUGUCGGAAUUGCCAUUUGAAUCUAACGGAUGUGAACGAAAUGCGCCGCCACCUCGGCGAGAUUCACAACAAAGUCAUAUACAGCGAAUGUAUAGCAGACUUCAAACUGGACGCAAGCCCUUACUCUUGCCAUAUAUGCAAACAAGAGUUUCACGUAUUCAGAACUUUGACUACACACCUCAAUGAGCAUUACGCGAAUUGCAUUUGCGACGUAUGCGGAAAAUCAUUCCUAAAUACCAAACGGCUCAAAGUCCACAAACGCACGCAUGAAGCUGGCAAUUUUGAGUGCACCGUAUGCGGAAAAGUGUUGAAAACGAAGAUCUCUAGAUCUAACCACAUGGAGAACGCUCAUUCUAAAAGGCAAAUGAAAUGUCAGAUAUGUUACAAGCCAAUGAAACAUUACAACGAUCGCAUAAAGCACAUGUCGGAGGUUCACAACAUAACACACAAGUUUCAAUGUCCUAUAUGCGGAAGAGAGUAUAAUAUAAAGCAUUAUUUGACCACGCAUAUCAGGCAAACUCAUGGACACAAGAAUAAGAAAUGUUCUGAAUGCGCUAUGGCGUUUAUUACAAAUCACGGUUUGAAAAAGCACAUGCUGAAACAUACGGGGGAAAAACCAUUUUCUUGCACCAUUUGCGGAAAAUCUUAUGCAAGAAGUUAUACACUGAAAGAGCACAUGAGAGCUCACGAAAAUGAGAGGUUUGUCUAAAUUACGAGAAUGGUUGUGCUUAGAUUUUGUACAUAUAAUAUUAAAAUGUUUGUAUAUAUAUAUUUAAAGUGAUUUUUAAAUUAUUUAAAUAUUUUUUUCUUUGAGUCAUUUUAAUUAAAGUAUUUUUAAAUUAUGUAAAAUAAUUUUCCUCUGAGUCAAAUUUGUAUGAUAUCACCAAAAAUAUACAAACGCUCUAAGCUUGGUUCUCUUUAUGUGGUCCACGGACCUCUUCGGUUUUCGUAGGCUACGGGAUAAGUGUAUCAGAAUUUUCAGGAGCUCGGUUAAUUCUCAAUAUUUGUAAGUCUAUUACAUAUUCUUAAGACAGAGUUUGUGACUUUUUGAAUUAUGUUACUUAACGAAACACCACUUUAAAUAAUAAAAUUUAAAGGUUAAGGCAGUAGGCAUAUUCGCAGUGGUAUCAUUAUUGUCAAUUUUCUUUUCGAUUUAAAAAUGUGUUGCCUAUAUUUUUACUUGGAAUAAUAAACUGUCCUGAGAUUAUAAAAUGUCUGUUUACCCUAUUUAUUUCUUUUGUUUUAAAAUUUCGAUAAACUUGCUAGGCCGCACUACGGCGAAACCGCCGCGGUUUUAUACCGCGUAGUUUUGUGAAUCAUGGAAACUAAUGCAAGCGGCCGCACCAGCGGUUUUUUCCCGCGACUGAUUUUAAAACCGUUAUUUGUUAUAGAAUGGCUCGCGGGUAAAAACCGCGCCAAAAUUUGUAGUUCAUACAAUACAUUUACGAAAUUUGUGACGACGUUUUCUUUUUCUAUUUCUUAGUAUUAAAGCAACAUUACAUACAGCUCUCUUGAAAUCCAUCCUCAAACUGUGAUAAAUCGUGCCUAGUUUCGCGGUUUUUAAUCGUAGUGUGUGUGCUUCGGGCGGUUUCGCGGUUUUGCGGUUUACCGCUUGCGGGGAAAAACCGUAGUGCGGCUUAGCUUAGCACAAAUAGCCGUCAUAGUCAAAUUUUGUAUGGAAACUUGA